UGAGAGUUACUUCAUUUUUAUGGAAACCCAAAAGUUUAAUUAUUACUUUAAUCGGUAAAUAAUUUGUGUAUAAGUAGGUAGUGAUUGAUUGUUUUAGAGGGAAAGAGAGAUUGUGUAGAGCCAAAAAACACGCACACACAAAAUUUCAAUGGAUUAUUUGGCCAAAAUUCUUGCUCAAACAAAGCCAUUUGUAGCGGUAAUUCUUUUGCAGUCGGGGUUUGCGGGCAUGUCUUUGAUCACAAUGUUUGCUUUAAACCAAGGCAUGAGCGAACAUGUUUUAGUUGUCUACCGCCACGCUGUUGCCACUCUCGUCAUUGCUCCUUUCGCCAUUGUUCUCGAUAGGAAGAUUAGGCCAAAAAUGACAUUGUCUAUCUUUAUUAAGAUAUUGCUACUAGGCUUAUUGGAGCCGGUACUUGAUCAGAACUUAUUCUACGGUGGCAUGAAGUAUACUUCAGCAACUUUCACAUCUGCAAUGUGCAAUGUUCUUCCUGCUUUUGCAUUUAUCUUCGCCUGGAUCUUCAAGCUUGAGGAGGUUAACAUAAAAAAGCGUCGUAGCCAGGCAAAGAUCAUAGGAACUAUUGUAACAGUUGGGGGUGCAAUGCUGAUGUCAUUGAUGAAUGGACCAAAGUUGCAGUUGCCAUGGACAAACUCAAACCAUCAUCAAAUCUCUUCCACUGCCGGAACUCAGCAACAUCCCAUAAGAGGUGCCAUCAUGAUCACCGUCGGUUGUUUCUGCUGGGCUAGUUUCAUCGUUCUUCAAGCGACAACGCUAAAAUCAUACCCAGCUGAGCUUUCCCUAACAGCUUUAAUAUGUUUGGCCGGCACCAUUCAAGGAAGCAUCGUUGCCCUAAUCAUGGAUGCCGGCAAUCCUACCGUUUGGUAUAUUCAUUUCGAUUCUAAACUCUUAGCAGCAGUUUACAGCGGUAUUUUAUGCUCUGGAUUGGCAUAUUAUAUUCAAGGGACCAUAAUGAGAAGUAGAGGACCGGUUUUCGUAACUGCUUUUAAUCCCUUAAGCACGGUGAUUGUUGCGAUUUUGAGCUCAUUUAUCUUAUCAGAAACACUCUACCUAGGAAGGGUUAUUGGAGCCAUUGUUAUUGUCAUUGGCCUUUAUCUGGUUUUGUGGGGUAAAAGCCAGGAUCAACCUCUAUCAAGUCUUAGCAUCGAAACCAAAGAGCCAAAUGAUCUGAAAAUAAUUUCAGCCAUUGAUGGGAUCACAAAGGUUUCAGAUCAAGAACUUUUUGUCCUGGAUUUAGCAAGCAACAAAGUCACACCUACUGAUGAAUAUGUCUGAUGAGAGGAAAAAUCACAA